AUGUAAGAGGAGAUGUAUACAGCUAGCCAAGGCGAGUAGCUAGAUCUUAUUGAGUAGUAAGAUAUCUAAAUUAUACGGCCGAUUCGGGUUUUUCUUUUCUUUUGUGUGUGUGUGUAGCUAUCCAGCUCACUGAAGCCUUUUAAAGUAAGUUAAUCUUAGCUGUACAUUAAAGUUAACAUACUCUCUUAUAGCUACAGGGUUAUAUCUUAUGCACGGUCAUUUGUCUAGCUACCAUACGAAUAAUUGGGUAAAAUUAGACAGCUAGAUAGAUAGGCAUUUACUUAGCUAGCUAUCGAGAACACGAAAAUGAAGUUAUGUAGCUAUCUAGACUAUGAUGAUCGCUUCAUUUUUUUCUAUGAUAACUUUAUUUAUUGCACGCGUUAUUAACAGUCGACUGCUAGUUUAGCAACAGUUUGCAAGCGAUGAUAGUUAGCUUCGGUAACGACGUUUCCCAGCAGAACAUCAUAAUUGUGUAUGCGUGCUUACCACGGAGAAAAACAUCCAUUGCCUAUCGACGUCAACGUACUUUAGCUAGCUAACUUAACUUAACCUGCACCGAAAACGCAUUUAACUAUGAAGAGGAUACAGCGUUCAGAUGAUGAAAACGAUGCACAACAAUGCUGUGUGCUUUGCAAGCUUUCCGAGAAUUCCCCAGACAAAUUCGGGGAGAAGAUCACACUACGACAGCACGGACUAACUGUGCAUUAUUUUUGUCUGUUGAUGUCCAGUGGAGUGUAUCAACGAGGACAGGAGGAUGAAGGAAUCCAUGGGUUUUUAGUGGAGGACAUCAAACGGGAGGUCCAACGAUCCAGUAGGCUGCGAUGUGGAGUUUGCAAGAAGAAAGGUGCCUCUGUUGGAUGCAGUAUCAGAAGAUGUAGAAAGACGGUCCAUUUGCCUUGUGGAAUUAAAGAAGAAUUUGUCUUCCAGUUCACUGGCCUUUUUCCGUCAUUCUGCAGAGAGCACCGUCCCACCCAGAGUCAAGCGCUUUUAUCCCCCAUCUGCAUGCCGCUGUCCUGCUCUGUGUGCCUAGACACCAUUGAACCUGUCCUCUCUUACUCCGUGCUGAAAUGUCCCUGCUGCCAUAGUAGCUGGUUCCACCGGGAUUGUGUACAGCACCAGGCCUAUAGUGCUGCAUUGUUCUUCUUCAAGUGCACCAUCUGCAGCAAUAAGGAGCAGUUUCAGCAAGAGAUGCUGCGCAUGGGAAUACACAUACCAGAGAGGGAUGCAUCAUGGGAGCUUGAGGAAAAUGCCUAUGUGGAAUUGUUGCAAGUGUAUCAGCACUGUGAUGCCCUCAAAUGUAGCUGCCAUGGUGGCCGGCAGUACAGUACACGCGUAGGGAAGUGGGAGAUUGUGCGCUGCAAAUUCUGUGGCUCUAGGGGAACUCAUCGGGAAUGCUCUUCCCUCAAGCUCUACGAGGACAGAUGGGCCUGUGUUGACUGCAUAUCUGCAGUUAAUGGAGAUGAUGCAUUACCAAAGCUGAGGUCAUCUCGGUCAGAGCUCAUGAAGGAAAGAAGAUCACUAAAAAGAUCGUCUUCCUUUCGCUCCAGUCUGGUCCGUAAAAGGUCCUCUAUGCAGGCGAGUUCUCCCAGGGAGAUCUUGUGUAGGCUUGCCAGACAGAUCUCUCUGGUCCAGUCCAUUCCUGUGGUGAUGAAAGGAGAUGGGGCAUUCAAGGCUGCCUUAAGGUUUCUUAGGCAUCCAAAUUUCACCCCAUACCACGGCCUGGCCGUGAGAUUCACUGGUGAUGAGCAGUGUCACAACAGUGAAAACCUACGCCGAUUUAUGUGGUUGCUAGUGAAUGAAAUCCAGAACUCCACACUCUUCGAGGGCCCUGAAAAUGCAAAGAACCUGAUGCUGAACUCACAGGCUCUGCGGGAUGACCUGUACUUCGAUGCGGGGUGCUUGCUGGCCCUUAGCCUGGUCCAUAGGGGACCCCCUCCAUGCUUUUUCUCCCGUGCGCUUUAUCAGACCCUGUUCCACUCACAACAAGACUCUCCACUCACCCUGCAGGUCCUAGGGAACACACUGUUUGCAGCCAAAGUCAAGAUGAUCAAGGAUGCAGAGUCUAUAGAGGAGCUGAAAGAGGCAAUCUUCUCGGCCUCAGAAUACCUGGAAGUGGCUGGAUGUCUUCGGAAAGUUGUCAGCCUUUCUGACAAAGAUAUGCUAGUGGAGGAUAUGUUGAACUUCCAUCUAGUUACUCGAGUUCAUUUGCCACUUCAAAGAUUUCGGGAGGGGCUGAAAACUCUUGGUCUGUUUGAUCAAAUCCAGAUGGAUCCUGAGGCAUUUUCAACCCUAUUCUGCUCUCCUCCCCACAAAAUAUCAGCUGAUUCUGUUGCAAACCUUUUUUCUGUCCAGUUCUCUGAUGACGAGGACAAGAAAACAAAAGAAACCAGGAUGGCGAGUUUCUGGAAGCAGUAUCUAUUAGAGUGUGAAGUGGGAAAGAGCGUGACAUCACUGGAGGAGGUCCUCAUCUUUGCCACCUCAGUGGAUGUGGAGCCAGCAUUGGGAUUCAGCCCUGCCCCCAGCAUCUCCUUCCAGCAUUCGGUGGAUUCUGUGGACUUGCUUCCCCAGCGUCAGCCAGAGAAAAACCACCUACUACUGCCAGUUCUCCGCUCCUACCAGCUCUUUAAGCGCCACAUGGAGUAUGCGGUCUCUGCAUACAGGAUGCAGGAAGAUUCUCUGGCCAUUUCGUGACCCGUUUAUCCACUGUUAACUUCCAUGUGCAUUAAAGAGGUCUAGGAGGCCAGAGGUCCUCACAGCAUACAGCAGAGGGACCUAUAGUGUAGAUCAGUUCAGCUAGCACAUCUCAUGGAAAUUCACACCAGUAAAACUACAAACUGAGAAUAGUCACGUUUUCAGCACUACCUACAGGGUACAUGCAGCUAUUCUGGCACAAUAUCAGAAAUACGAUUGCAUGUUUUAAUAUAUACGUCUUCAAAUAGCUAUGCUCGCAUAAGGAAGGGAGAGUUACACAAUUUGUGUUUAGUCUAUGGGUGAUGGUGAUUUUUGGGAAAUAAUGCUGAAGCGGACUGGCUGUGUAAGCACAGUUGUUUUGAAUGCCCUGUUAGCAUUCCAUACUGGUUUUAUUUCUGAAAAUGGAGGCAGUGCCUGCUAUUUCUUAGGACUGAUUUAUCUCUACAGGUUUUGAGGCUUCUCAUAUGAUAUUAUAUAUGUUGUAUAUAUUCAGUAUACAAAGUGGUAGUCUGGAUACUGUUUUCUUUUGAUUUAUGUUUUUGUAAAUAUAAUGCAUCUUGUGAGGCAGCACGGAUGGUGCAGUGGGUAUCACUGCCGCCUCACAGCAAGGAGGUCCUGGGUUCGAAUCCCCGUCGGCCGGGGCCCCUCUGUGCGGAGUUUGCAUGUUCUCCCCGUGUCUGCGUGGGUUUCCUCCGGGUACUCCGGGUACUCCGGUUUCCUCCCACAGUCCAAAGACAUGCACGUUAGGCUGAUUGGAGAGUCUAAAUUGUCCGUAGGUAUGAGUGUGUGAGUGAAUGGUGUGUGUGCCCUGUGAUAGACUGGCGACCUGUCCAGGGUGUAUUCCUGCCUUUCGCCCAAUGUAUGCUGGGAUAGGCUCCAGCCCCCCUGCGACCCUGAUCAGGAUAAGCGGGUUCAGAGAAUGGAUGGAUGGAUGGAUGGGUUUUGAGGCUUCUCAUAUGAUAUUAUAUAUGUUGUAUAUAUUCAGUAUACAAAGUGGUAGUCUGGAUACUGUUUUCUUUUGAUUUAUGUUUUUGUAAAUAUAAUGCAUCUUGUGAGGCAGCACGGAUGGUGCAGUGGGUAGCACUGCCGCCUCACAGCAAGGAGGUCCUGGGUUUGAAUCCCCGUCGGCCGGGGCCUCUCUGUGGAGUUUGCAUGUUCUCCCCGUGUCUGCAUGGUUUCCUCCCACAGUCCAACACAGACAUGCAGGUUAGGCUGAUUGGAGAGUCUAAAUUGCCCGUGGGUAUGAGUGUGUGAGUGAAUGGUGUGUGUGCCCUGUGAUUGACUGGCGACCUGUCCAGGGUGUAUUCCUGCCUUUCGCCCAAUGUAUGCUGGGAUAGGCUCCAGCCCCCCUGCGACCCUGUUCAGGAUAAGCGGGUUAAGAUAAUGAAUGAAUGAAUGAAUGAAUGAGUGAAUAAUGCAUCUUGUUCCAUUUGUCUUGUCACAUUGAAUUCACAUUGCAUUUGUGAGGACGCUGUUCAUGUUCAGUUGCAUUUGCUUUAUGUUUGGAUUGAGGAUUGGUGCAAUGAUCUUCUAAAGUUUGUUUAGAAUAUCAUUGCUCCAAUCCUUGUCCAUAUUUAGACUUUUGACCAAGUUUAGAACUGAUAAAUGUCUGUCAUUUGCCCAAAAAUGAGAUGAAUGGUCUUCUUUGCAAACAUUCAAUUUAUUCAUAUGUAUGUACAUAACAUACGUAUGAUUGUAUUUAAGUACUUAAGUGCAAAAGGGGGAUAUUUGAAAUCAUCAUGUUCUGUUCUGCAAAGUGUCACUAUGAGAGUUCCAUGGUAUAGUUAAAAUGAAGGGAGGACGAGUGCAGGACUAGUGCAGACUGUUGGAAUGAGCUCCUGCAGCCAUAAAAAUACAGGAACCCCAUAAUGCCACUGGAUUAUCUUUAUGUCUCUGACUGUCCAUUUAUGAGACGGCUUCAGUGUCCAGUUUCAGUGUCUCUACCUUGUCUAUAUUUAUGCUUAUUGUGGAUUGCAGUAUAUUCAAUUAUCUGUGUUGGGCUUGUGCUUCCUGGGGUGAGUAGACAUCACAAAUGUGAGUACAUCCCAUAUGUAUUCGUAUAACAACACACCACUACUUUUUGAAGCAUCUUUUGUAUUAUGUAUUAAGGCUUUUAAACCAAAUCAGAGUUAACAUGGCUCAACUUUAAUAAUGCUAUUGACAUAGAAUCAUCCUUUGGGCUUUGUUUUUUAUUAUUCUUACCUCAGAUUUCCAAAUCAUUUGUUUCUAGCAGCCCUUGUUUCUACUUUGUUUUUUUUACCUGAAGUGUUUAAAGUAUGUGCUUCCACAUGUAUAAAAAUGCAUUUCAUGCUUGAAACCAUUUUAUUUUCUGUUGUAUUUGAUGUUGAUUUUUAAAUUGGUGAUGAUUAGUAAAUCUCCAAGUCAGACAUGUCGAACUUUGCUAAAAUCCUGAAUAACCGUAUGCAGUAAUACUGUGAAAUUGCACAAUUUUGGGAGACUUGUACUGCCUCUACGAGGGAGUGUUAGACAACUGAGAAGUGAACUUCUGAGGCUUUUACAGACAACACCGCACUGGAAUUAUGGACCCAAAACAAUUUCACACCGUCCAGGUUGGACUAUAUCUCCAGCAGCUUUUGCAAUGCACUACAAUAAAGGACAGUCCCAGUGUCCCUGACACAGCGUCAGGAGUGUCAGCAUCUGUAUUAUCUACCUACCCACAGUAAGAAGUCAGUCUCACUUGUCCUGCCCUUACUAAAUGCAUCAUCACCUUUUCGUGUCUCAUAUUUUAACACAAUUGUGAAAAUCUUUGCUUUUAAAUCUUCAGAGGCGAUAGAGGCAUCUUAAUUGUCUUGAGCUGAUCUUUUCACUCCACUGAAAUUAAUUUACAUUCGCAUGCAUACUAAUGGUGUACUGUACAUGUAAAAGCACAGUCUUAAGAAAUGUGUUAAUAAAAAUGUGUUUACGCCAUAAA